AUGUCGGAGAUGGAGUCCGCCGCCUGGACGCUCAACGACGGUCUCUCCACUCUCUCCAGAUAUUACCGCAUCCAGGGCUUGGCUCCGUACCGCAUCCCUGUUGCGCUUCCAGCAGGCGUUCACGACCAUCGCCUCACAACCGAGAAAUGCGAGAUUCGGAUACGAGAAAUCCGCGGUGUUCGACCGCCGUCGGAUCAGCCUGGUUCACGUGCCCCAUCUGCUGGUAUGGCAUCUCCGCCUGCCGGUAUCUUGGAAUCACCUACAAGCGUGCGCCUUCUUUCCGGGGUCCCCUGGCCGUAUUCGCGUGCGAACAUCCUGGAUGCGCAAGAUUUGGUUGAGCUUACGAAAUCGUAUUUGCAAGCCACCACUUACGGUAUUGUUAUUGCGGUGGUCUUGAGACGGCUGUGA